AUGGACCCAUUCUUCUGAUGAAUCUAAAAUCAAAGUAAAUAAUUUACAUUAGAUGCCUGUAUAGAUGCAUCAUCACCAGGAAGAAUCCGUUGAGGAGACUCAGAACAACUUAGGAAAUCACAUCACAUCUGCAGAGCCAGAAUACAUUUCCUUCAACAAUUUUGUCUCCUGGAAGUUUCAGUGAGUGAAAAGUGUGUGUUUGCUGUCAGUGAGUGGCAGCUUUCAGGUGUGUAUGCAUUGAUCCACUGCAGCAGCAUGUUGCCACCUGUGAAGAAGGACCGUGUCAUUACACAGCUCCCAAACUGUUUCAGUCCGAAUGCAGCGCUGCACACUAAAGAUGGCUUCCACCCACAUGUGAGGGCGGCCUGCCAGGCUCAGAGGACGGACACAGUGAGCUUUAAUAUCGCUAAAGUCAUCGUGGUGGGAGAUGUGUCAGUUGGGAAAACAUGUCUCAUCAGCAGGUUUCGUAAAGGUGCAUUUGAUAAGAACUACAAAGCAACUAUCGGAGUGGAUUUUGAGAUGGAGCGCUUCGAGGUGCUCGGUGUUCCCUUUAGCCUGCAGCUGUGGGACACAGCAGGUCAGGAGCGCUUCAAAUGCAUCGCUUCAACGUAUUACAGAGGAGCACAAGCCAUUAUAGUGGUGUUUGACCUGAGCAGUGUGAGCUCUCUAGCACACGCCAGGCAGUGGCUGGAGGAUGCCAUGAAGGAAAAUGACCCGUCCAGUGUUUUACUUUUCCUCGUCGGUACAAAGAAAGACCUCAGUUCUCCUGACCAGCUGUCUCAGAUUGAGCAGGAAGCCAUGAGACUCUCAGAGGAAAUCAAAGCAGAGUACUGGGCCGUGUCGGCCAAGUCAGGAGAUGGAGUCCGUGAUUUCUUCUUCCGCGUCGCCUCUCUGACUUUUGAGGCCAACGUUUUGGCCGAGAUCGAGAAAAGUGGCUCGAGGCACGCCGGAAACAUUAUCAGGCUCACAGACAGCACAGAGGCCAAUCACAAACUGAACAAGAGGAAAUCCAACUGCUGCUGAACAGAGACAAACAGUCAUCUGAAGUACACAGCAGCACCAGCAGGAAAUAAACUGGACUCAGCAUGCUCAGUGUGGAGAUCAUCCAUAAACCUUUAGACCGUUUUUGGUCUUUAUAACAUUUGUUCUCUCCCAAUAGAAACAUGAAAGUAGCAGAGCACUUUUAUUUAAACAGUUAGAAUGCAACUCAUAGAAGCAACAAUCUGUCUGGUAAAAUAGUUGGUGGCAGUAUGAAACUUCAAAAGCAACAGUUGUAAUAUCCUCGGUUAAAGCAUCCAUACACCAUAAAGUGAUGCAGAAAAAGCACACAUUGAUGCAGAAAAAAAAAUCACAAAAGUGCAUGAAAUUUAGUGUUUGGUGCUCAAAAUUCUUCUGGAGAACUGCCAAACUAAGAAACUAGAAAAUACAAAGUACGCCCUUGAGUGGACCCCAUAAAAAACGAAGUAAUUUCUAUGUCUCAUAACAGCUUCCUCAUAUUGUGUUUGUGUUGUUCUGUCGUCAUCCUGAGAGGCUUUAGGUUAGACAUAAUGAAGUUGAGGCUGUAAACAACAAGGAAUGUUUAUACUGCUGGUCGGAAAAAAAGAAAGCUUUGUGCUUUAACAUUUAUAUAUAAAUAAAGACGUAGAUCAUUCAUUAAACCACUUUCAUAAACACGUUUGUCUGUCUGUCUGGAGCAACAUUUUUCUCCCACAUGAGAGGAAAUAUGAGAGCCGGACUCACCGGCUGGCCGUCCUGUCAUGUGUCAGUGCUGCUAAUGUGAACCAUACGCCGGCUCCCAUGACCACGGCCAUCUCUCUCCUCUGACAUCACACUUCUCAUGAUCUGUAAAAUGGAGGGAUUGUUCAGCAGCAAACAGGAAGUCACAUCUGAGGAUAAUUGAUUUGCUCACUGAGUUAAGUCGCUUUAUGAGUCUGCAAAUGUUCUCUGGUUUCCUGUUAAAAGCAGAUAAACUAUAUAUUAAAGCUUGUGUACGAUGAAAUGUAAAUAAAUUGGU